GUCUAGGCUAGGAAUACUAAUGUUCAGUUGGUUCAAUAGUAAGGCUAGCACUGAUGUAAGCAGUUCACGAUGAACAUGUUCUAAGUUCAUUAGACCGACCAAGCACUUCUUUGCAUCUCCGUUCAAGAACAUGCUUACAUACUUAGUCUAGCGAGUAGCCUCGUCUGAGAAGCCAUCCUUUCAUUCACUCACUGACUCACUCACUCACUCACUCGUUGAGUUUCCAAAACCUUGCAAAAGCCCACUUUUCUUGUCCUACUGUCUAGACGCUAGCACACAUUCAAGCCCAAAAUGGUCUCCGAGGCGUUGUUAAAUCGGCGUGCAAGCACAGCGGACCGCAUUAUUUUUGAGCGAACGGGUCCCAGUACCUCCUCUAGCCAAUGGCGUCUCGCGAAGUCGAAGGAGAUUUUAGAAUUAAGGCUUACCGUAAAGGAAAGACAUGAAUAAGGUUUAGUAUUUUCUUUUUGGCUCUUCAGUAGCCACUGCAGUCUGCUGGUUUGCAACUAGUAUUAAAGCUCUAAUAGAGGCAGGAGAAGUGACUAGAAAACGGUUCAAGGUGCCGCGCUAUAAGAGGUUAGAGGACGGUAUUAACUUGAUGGCCGUGGAACUUUCGCGAAGACGGUCAAUGCGAAAAAAGAUGCUGAAGCGGAUGGACAAAAGAAAGGAAGAAAAACUGGACAGAGAACGAAGUCGGGAAAUGGACUAUGGGUACUUGCUUGCAAGUCGAGCAUUAGACUUGUUCUGCUACCUACAGUAUGCCGCAGGAAACGAUUACAUAGUUGUAGUGCUUACCCCACAACAAGUGUCGUCUCCACCUUGCGUAUAGUCAGAGUCUACGUACCCUAUCCUAUCCUCAUCUCAGUGGCCUUUCUCCGGGUAUCUCUCCUCGUGAGUUUCCGUUCAUGCCCUACGUUGAAACGGAAGAAAAGGCAACUUUUGCCAAUGAACGCAAUGCGUGGAUUUUCGAUCGCCAAUACGCAGCAGCGUCAGCGCCUGUCAUGCACAUGAGGAAGCCGCGCAUAGCAGUCCCUGACACAUACAUUGUGCGACCCAAGACGACUUGCGCAGAAAAGUCCCACUACACAGACCACUCAGUCGACUGGGGGUCCGGGAAAAGCAUUUUCUGUAAGUUUUUCCAUAGUUUCUAGAAGGAUCCUGAACUGAACCUGACUUUCGUGGAAAAGCCUUGACGUAGUACAGUCUCAACAUCGUUCAGUUUCGUUAAGUCGAUCUUCGACGUCUCAGGACCAUUAUCUCACCAUGCCCCAGCUUCGUUAAGUCGUUCUUCGUCUCCCGACCAUUGGCAACGUUCACCUGCUCGCAAACUGCACUCUGCCUGUGACCGUGAGUAUAGAGAUCCGAUCCCUCGAAAGUAUUUGUGGUCUAAGGAACAAGCCUUAGCUGGUCGCGUUGCUAGUUGGGAUGCCGAAGAAGCCGUCCGAUUCUGGCAAGGGUGGAACGAACAUAGUGGCUUAGCCAAAGCGUUGUCGCGUGCAGCAAUGGCAAAAGCAGAAAAACAGAAGUUAAGGCUAGUUUUUCACUAAAAGCACUCAGUAAAGCAACCGGUUAUUUUUCCCUCAUAUUCUAGUUGUAUCCCUACAUGCAAACUCUCUGUCCCGUGCGUGGGGACUAUGGAUGCUGAUUGGGUUCUUCCCUUUAGAGCUUGAGCUUGUCUGUCGGGGGGAAAGUAAACAGGAAAAAGGGGAGCGCUGCACUCAAGCGGCGAUAGUGAAAAACUACCUUUAAAAAUGGCAAAGCAGGGAAAGGAAGCACCUAGUACUUCACCAAAUAAGAAGACGAGUUCCUCCUCUGGCACAACUAGUACUGGUAAAUGUAGUAAGAAAGGAGGUGGACCUAGCAGUGGUGGUAGUCCUGGAGGUAGAGGACGUGGAAGAACAAAAAAAAGACGUCGUGGUACUUUGCAAAGUCGGUGCGACUGGGAUGACCGUUGUUUUGUGCGAGUACCAUCGCUGGAGAAUGAAUGUCGACCACCCUUUUCGAGAAGCUACUUUUUUUAUGACUCGCACACUCAGUUUCUUGAUGGCCAUGAUUAUAGCUAAAUGAUGCAUGGUACCACGAGUAAAGCAGAGGUUUUACAACGAUCGAAGUUGAUAGCUAUUUACUUUAGGCAUUCUCGUUUAGUCGUCCAGCUUAAUAGAUACCCUCAAAAACGCAUCCUUUAGUUCGAAACGCAUCCUUUACUUUAGUUUUGGCCCGCUUCUCUAAUUCUCACCGUAUUCUGAAAAGCCGGAGAGAUACAUGGACAAGAUGACUGGACGCCUGAUCCGAGACGAACUAACCUUGACAGAGGAGGAGAGGAAAGCAAGGGCUGACUUUGAACGAAAAGCAGCGGAGGAGGAGGCAAGGAAAGCUCAGAGGAUGAAAAGAUAG